GCACGGGGAGGAAUCUUCAGCAUUUCACAGCUUCUUGUUCCUCAGUAGAGGGAACUAGUGAGCUGCUCUGCCUGCCUGCGUACCCUCAGUUGCCACGAUGGCCGGCGCCCGAUCUUUCCGGCUGCUGCCCCUGCUGUUGCUCGCCCUGGUCUUCACUGUCCAAGCCGAUCGCCUGCCCCGCCUCAUAGGCGGCUUUGUUGAGGCCAACGAGAAUGAGGAGGGCGUGCAGCGCGCCCUCAACUUCGCCAUGACCGAAUUUAACCGGGCCACCAACGACAAGUACGGCAGCCGAGUAUUCCGGGUGUUGGAAGUCAGAAAGCAGAUUGUGGCUGGUAUGAAAUAUGUUUUUGAAGUAGAAGUUCGUCGAACAACCUGCAACAAGUCUGUGGCUGACCUUGCAAACUGCCCCUAUCAUGAGAACCCACCUCUGAAAAAGCACUCCAUCUGCCACUUUGAGGUGUACACUGUUCCUUGGCUGGGCAGAACUAGCCUUUUGAAGAAUGAGUGCAAAGAUGCCUAGGCAUAUCCUUGAACACAUCCGUGACCAUUCAGAGCUGCAGCUGCUUUCUGUUUUUUUGAAAAAAGAGCAAUAACACAACCUAUUUGAUUCAUUAUUACCUGUUAGUGUUGUACAAGGUAAUCUCCUCCCUAAACUUGCAGGAGGAGGAAAUAAAGGCUUGUAAAAGUA